AUUUUCCCAAUGGCAGCUGAAUUACAGUCUUCAGAUAGAAACGCCACAUCACCAGCAGCACAUAAGAUAACUUAGCCUUCACAUAGCAAGUUGCAGUAUUUCCAGAUACAGGAUAAAACUGUAUCACUUAUCAUGUGGCUCCUUCUGCUUAUGGUAUUUGUCCUGAUCUUUUUGUACCGAUGGUACAGACAAAGUCUGAUCCUGGAGAAUCUCACAGACAAAUAUGUCUUUAUCACUGGAUGUGACACUGGGUUUGGAAACCUGCUGGCACAGCAACUGGACAAACAUGGAAUGAAAGUUCUGGCAGCUUGUCUGACUGACCAUGGGGCUCAGAAUCUAAAGGAAGAGACCUCUAGUAGGCUACAAACAAUAUUACUGGAUGUUACUGACAGCAAAAGUGUAAGCUCUGCUGCCGAGAGUGUGUCAAAUAUAGUUGGAAAUGCAGGACUCUGGGGAUUGGUUAAUAAUGCAGGAUAUUCCUUUUGCAUUGCUCCCAAUGAAUGGCAAAAAAAGGAAGAUUUCUUAAAGGCCCUGAAUGUGAAUUUGAUUGGUAUGAUAGAUGUGACUCUACAUCUACUGCCUCUUGUAAGAAAAGCCAAAGGACGUAUUGUUAAUGUAUCUAGUGCUAUGGGAAGACUGGCUACUGUUGGUGGAGGAUAUUGCCCAUCCAAGUAUGGUGUGGAGGCCUUCUCUGAUACUUUAAGAAGGGAAUUACGAGACUUUGGAAUAAAAAUCUCCCUCAUAGAACCAGGCUGUUUCCAAACAAAUAUGACGCUCUCAGUUGAUGCUCAUGUAAAUAACUUACAACGUCUUUGGGAAAAUCUCCCCACAGGAAUUAGAGAUAGCUAUGGCAAGCAAUACUAUGAGCAAUAUGAGAAGGGUCUGAAGGAUUUAUUGGGAACAGCCAGUCCCAGGACUUAUGAGGUUCCAAACUGUAUGGAGCAUGCUUUGACUGCUGUAUACCCUUGGACAAGAUAUACUCCUGGCCUGGACUCCAAGCUCAUCUACAUCCCUGUAUCAUACCUCCCUACCAUGUUCUCCGACUAUUGGCUGUGUCGCUCUUCACCCAAACCAGAUCAUGUCAAAUGUUGACAAAAUGUGUCUGAAUUAGGAUAAAAUUGGCUGUUAUUCCAAUGAUAACUUUAUCAUCAACUAACCAACUAAUAAAGAGUAACAUGCAUUAUAAGUGGUAUAAUUCAUCGAGCCUUAUAAGUGGUAUAAUUCACUAAAAUCAGGCAAUUAACACUGACUAUAAUCUAGGGGUAGAAUGUAUUAGGACAACCUUUCUUAAUACACUUAUAGAAACACACCCUACCUUGCUGUAAACUGUACCCAGAAAAAUAAUUUAACAUUUUUUGGGGAAAUGCAUUAAUCAUACAUUCCUUUCUAUCUGUAAAGCGUCACCAGCGCUUGUGAGAAUAUUUGAGCUUGUGCUGUUUUUUAUUAUAUAUUUAAUCAAAAUGGAUGAAUAAAAAUGUAAAGAGCAACAAAUGACAUAAAGAGCAUUUAAGCUACUAAACCAGGAUGGCAGUGAAGAAGCAUAAAAAAAAUAAAAAAGGGAAAAAUAAAAUAUGUAAAAAACUGAUGUGGUGCCACGGGGGUAUAAGUACGAAUACCUCAUCACUUUGUGAUGCCAAGGCACUGUUACCUAUACAUGGUCCGAGGUUGGGGACAUCUUCUCCUGGGCCAGAUAUGGGUAAAUGAACACCUAAAUGUGAGGUUACAGAUAACUUUACUGAGCUGGGUACAGAUGAUAUUACAUAGACAAUUGGUUCUGGGUGAGAGAGUGCAGCGUAACGCCUUGGGAGCCCUGUUGCUUUGCUGGGACUUGUGGUGCUUUCACCAAACAGAUUAAUACUGACUUGUGAGGCGGGUAAAUAAAUCCUGGUAGGUAGGGUUGUAAUGGAUGUGUAUAUAUAUAUAUAUAUAUAUAU